CAUAACCUCAUUUUUCAAAAAACAAAUCUUCCAAAAAUUGUUUUAUAUGUGAUAUUUUGCAUAAAAUAUUGUUUUUGUAUUUCUGUGAUAAUGUGGAAACCUUUUGCAACCGAAGACAGUGCUUAUUUAAUAAAAUACUGGAAUAAUCAGAACACGAUUGAAAUAUUUUUAUCAAAUUUGAAAUUGUUGUGGAUUGGUAAUUUUACAAAAGAAUCUUUAUCCGAGAUGUUUGAGAAGCUAAACCCUUCCAUAGAAGUAGAAGAUGUAGCAUCUCAAGUGAUACAGAUCUUGGAUAUGAUAGACCAAGAAAACACAGACACAACCAUAAUAAAUAGCAAUAGAGUUCUGGAAAUGAAAGUUAGCUCAUUUUUAUCUCAAAAUAUUGAAUAUAAGGUGCCUGUGAAGCUAGAGUUUGAACUUAUCCUAACAGAGGAUGAAAAGUUCAAGGAAUUAAUAACUAUCCCUAUGAUCCAAACAAUUAAUUAUUUGGAAACUCAACAAAAAGUUCUGUGCAGUAUAAUCAGUAAAAAGGAUCGUGAAUUAGAGGAAUAUAGAUUAGAAAAAGGGGUUAUUUCAAGAGGUGAUCUUGUAACAGAACCACUCGAUCUGAAUGUGUUAAAAACAUCUAGUGACAAAUUACUGUUAAAUACAUUUCAACAGUCUAAAAGCUUCAUAGAUCAUAUUUGUCAAUUCCAUGAAAUGGAAACACCAGUUACUGUGCUUUUGCCAGAAUCACUACAAGAAAAGAGUAUAAAAAGGAAGAGGAAGGUAUAUCGUGGUGGAACUGUGACCAAGUAUACAAGCAUUUAUGGAGGAAGACCAGAAACUAUGAAUAUUAAAAUCGAGCAACAAAUAAAAACUGAAAAAGAAUAAAAAUGUAUUUUUAAUCAGGCCUUCGACUGUGUCCAACAUGACGUUCUACAAAAAUGGCGUCGGUACAAGUUUCAUAGUAGUAACCUUCAACAACACUACCUCCAAUACAACGACAAUUUCAUGUGGCGUCCCACAGGGUUCUGUGCUAGGUCCACUUGUAUUCUUAAUAAACAUAAAUGACCUUCCUUAUUGUAAGACAAACCGAAACCUUAUACUGAUGUUUGCUGAUGACACAACAAUGCUCUGUAGUAGCAAAUCGAUUGUUCUACUUUUCUCUACAAAUAUUGAAUAUGCAAUAAAUUGAGCAAAUAAACUGACACUUAAUGCUUCAAAGACACAGUCCAUGGUAAUAAGUUUGUGUCACUAUAACGUCAAUGCCAUAGACACAGUAAAAUUUAUGGGUGUCAGUAUUCACAUACACACUUCGGAGGAAGAUGUAAACAGUAUCCCCAGGGAACUAUCCAAGACCAUCUAUUUAAUUAGAAAUCUGAAAAGGUUUGUUUCUGAUCACCACUAUGGAUACUUCCACUCAAGAAUGUCAUAUGCACUUUUGAACUCGGGUCAUUCUAUCCAUAUGCCCAAAGUAUUUGCACUACAAAGGCGCUGCAUCAGUCAUCACAGGUCUGAGUUAUGUGCAGCUAUGUAAAGAGGCAUUCAUUAACCUAAAGAUCCUUACCCUUCCAUUUCUAUAUAUUUGUCUGCUUAUAUUGUAUAAACAACAAAUGCACAGUUAUGUACAUAGUUACAAUACACGUAAAAUGCCUAAGUUAGAUAUUCCUAAACAUCGUCUACAAAGAAAUAGCAACUGAUCUAAC